AUGGAAUUCCCUUCGUUCAACCAUCACCACCAUCAUAACAGGUACGUUCCUCCUCCUCCACCAACGAAUUUCUCAGAUGACCGUCCCAAUCUUUACCCUCAUCACCAGCAGCAUCUUCUCCCAUCACUUCAUCUCCCCCCCUCCUCCGCCGCUUGCAUACCCUUCCCUCCCUCCUCCACCGCCACCUCCGAUUCCCGUCCCCCCUCCACCACUAUCUUACAAUCCCCACCAGUCUCACUUCACCUUUCUCGACGCUCAAAACCCCCUCGUUUUCCAAUCACGGCCGCUCUUCCCCUCCCCAACCUAGGUUUUCCAAUCAGUCUCAUCGAUUUGAUUACCGAACGGAUUCUUGGUCGGAUUCGCAUAGGGUAUAGAGACGAAAACAUCAUCAAUGGAUAUGCCAGUAGGGAUGGUAGUAAUAUUGUUUCACAGGAGCAACAAGUUUUCCGUGGCAGUUCCAAUAAUGAUGACCAUCAGGGUCGAAUUAUUGAUCGUUAUGCGUCCGCCCAAGCUACUGGUUGUAAUUCUAGAAACGAGGAUUUUGUGGAGAAGUAUGAGCCACGUUACAUGAGUAAUUCCGAAAACGAGAGAAUCUGGGAUCAUCAUGGUGAAGAUUCUAGACGGAUUCAUCAAAUGAAGGGGAAGAAAAACGAAUUUGGUAAUAAUGAUGGGGUCUUAUUUGUGUCCGGUAGAGAGCAAUCACGUGAUUACGAAUAUGAAUCCAGUAGGGUGACUAGGGUUAGGGAAGGUAGGGAAGAGUUUAAGCAAGUACAGAAGAGGAGUGUUUUACUUAGGAUAGGCAAACCUAACAAUACUAAUAGGAACAGAAGCCAUGAUCAACAUUUCUCUAAAGCUCACAUGGUUGAAUCAAAUAAUAGUAAUUUUAGGGGUAAAGAUAAAGAUAGAGAUCAUGCAGGUAAGGAUUCUAGCUUGUACGUGGAUCAUAGGGUGGAGGGAGACAGAGAGCACAGCCCUGUAGAACUCGAUGUGUCUUUUAAAUCGAAUGCCCUAGUAGCCAAGGCUGUUGUAACACCCUCGAGUCCUGUGAUUGGUAAUAACAACACACAGCUUAGGAAUAAAAAGACUAAGAGAGGCUCUGAGUUUAAUUCACCAUUAAAAAGAUCGGGAAGCUCCUCCAAUGGGUUAGACUGUCCUUCUAGUUCUGAAAAGGCUCCAAAACAGCAAAAGCUUAGCCUUAAAGAUCCAGUUUUAGGUCAGGGUGCUGCCACUGGACCCUUGUCAUUUAGGCUUAAGAAGAAGAGGAAACUCAUUAACUUUAAAAAUAGCCCAAGUGUAUCUAUUUUUCAGCUGGCAGAGAAGGAUAACAAAUCUGUCAAGGGCCAAAACAAGAAUUCCCCAAGUGCAGAAUCUACCAUUCCAUCCACUUUAGAAGAAGUGAUUUCCAGUAAAGUGGUUUCAGAGAAAGAUAGCUCAGAAGUUGAGAAGUUAGUAUCUAAAAUAGAUGAUGGUCUGGUGAAUGAUCUUAUCCAAAAUGAAGUCUCAUUGAGUCUUGAAAAUGAUACUCAACAGGUAUCCACAGAUGCUAAGGUUGCUGGCACUCCUAUUUCUGCUUCAUGUGGGCAGGAUCAAAUCGAAAUUCAGAACUGCCCCACAGAAUCUUAUGCCAGUUUUGAUGCCUUUUCAGCCGAUGAGAAUGUGAAUAUGAACAAUGAAUCUGUCAAAAUCCAAGAAAUGACUACUUCUGCUUGUUCAGAUGAGAUUAUUAAUCUAGUCCCUGAGAAUGGUAACACAGUAGGUUUUCUUGAUGGUGUAUCAAGAAAAAAAGAGGAAACCCUAUUCCCUGAAGAUGGUACUCAAGAAACUCCAAAUGCCAUUACCAUUCUUACUGGUAGAAGCUAUGAGGCUUCAGAAAUUCAGUCCCCUGGUGAGAAACUACAAAAUGUAAAUAGUUCAAUCAAGGUAAUUUCAUCAGAUGAAGAUGAAAUUGUCGAAAUUGUAGAGUUAAAUUCUGAAUCAGUCGAGACACAAAGACCUGACCAUAGGGAGCCUAUGCUUGAAGCUGAAUUUGUCGAGUUAAAUUUUGAAUCACAAAAACCUGAAGAUGAAGUCGUGGAGAUUGUAGAGCUAAAUUCUGAAUCAACUGACCAUAGUACAGAUGAAAUACCACCCUCAUCGAGUAUUCUUUCUAGUCGGCCUGAUGAGAAACCAGGGGAACCUAUCCCUGAUAUGCUAACCAGUAUAGUUUCUGGUUUUCCAAAAGAUGAAACAACAUGUAAUUCUAAUUUGGGUAACAAUGAUGUAAAUAUUUGUGAAAAGUUUGUACCUGAGCCUGAGGAUGGUGGUGAUACAUCUUCCAAAACUAGUGGUAUAAAACCAAGUCAUUUGUCAGGAACCAAGACAGCCGCCACAUCAACAUCUCAGGGAUUGAAUAACAAAAUGCCAAUUAAGAGACCCAACCCAACAGUGUUUGCCACCCGCUCAUCACCAGUCUUCACCAAUUCAAGAGUGAAUAAGCCCCCUCGAACUUGGCAUCGAUCUGUGAACAAUACGUCUUCCAUUCCCCGACCAACCAAACAAGUUGGAGCAGUUCAGAAUGCUUACAUCCGUAGUGGCAACACGCUUGUUAGGAAAGCCAGCCCUGUAACUACCAUUUCCAGAUCUUCCAUAUAUCAGUUCAAUCCUUCAGGCCCAACCCCAACUGAGACAAGAACAGGUGCUGUUGUGAGGCCCAAAACACCACCACUAUCAGGUUAUACUGCCACCAAGUUACCCGAAUCUAAGGUUUUGCCAUCUUCGCCACUGGAAGACCCCGAAACCCACAAGUCACUAGAUGAAGGAGGAACUGCAGGAAAGAAGAUAGAAUAUGUUAAGCCAAAAUCCAACCAGCUGGUUGCAGCCACAACUAGUGCUCAGGAGUUAGACAAGUCUUCUGAUGGAUACUAUAAGAGGAGGAAAAAUCAACUUGUUAGAACAUUGGUGGGUGAUGACUCAGUCCCAGAUGUGAGGAAGGCUGCUAAAGGUAUGUUUAAGAAGUAUAGAAAUUCGAGAUUCUCUUCAGUCUGGACGCUUGGCGCUCAAUCAUUGGGAAAAGACGGUGUCUCAUUACGUCAGAAGCUUAGGCCGCAUCUGUUUCCAUGGAAAAGAACAAAAUUUUGGGGAUAUGCUUCAGCUUCUAUGCACAGUAACAGCUCGUCAUCUUUGCUUAGUCGCAAGUUGCUUGUUUCAAGAAAGCGAGAGAUGAUCUACACAAGGUCAAAGCAUGGGUUUUCUCUCCGCAUGUCAAAGUUAUUAAGUGUAGGGGGGUCGGGUUUAAAAUGGUCAAAAUCCAUAGAAAAGAACUCAAAACAAGCUAACGAGGAAGCUACGCUUGCAGUUGCAGCAGCUGAGAAGAAAAGGAGAGAGCAGCAGCAUCUUAAGAGUAGGAAUAAUAAUAAUAAUAUGUCGAGAGAUCGAAUAUUUCGUAUUGGCCUGGUCAGAUACAAAAUGGACCCUUCAAGGAGGACCCUUCAAAGGAUUUCAGAUGAGGAACCUUCAACUUCCAAGAGUUCAAAAGAAGAGACGAGGAGGAGGUCUUAUGUGCCAAAGAGAUUGCUGAUCGGCCAUGAUGAGUAUUUACGUAUUGGAAAUGAUCAAGUUUGCACCAAGUUUUUGAAAGGUUUAUGCUCCAAUCCACAUUGCAACUUAACUCAUAAGGUCAUACCUGAAAGGAUGCAAGAUUGCUCUUAUUUUCUGCAAGGAGUGUGCUCAAAUGAACAUUGUCCUUAUAGACAUGUAAACGUGAACUCAGCUGCCUCUGUUUGUGAAGCUUUUCUCAAGGGUUAUUGUGCUGAUGGCAAUGAGUGUCGAAAGAAGCACACGUAUGCAUGCCCAGCAUUUGAAGCCACAGGCGAAUGUUCUCAAGGCACAAAUUGCAAACUUCAUCAUCCUAAAAACCGAAGCACAGGAUUGAAGAGGAAACACCAAAACCAAAAAACCCAGAAACACUCCAGGGGCCGUUACUUUGGGGCAGUUGGUGGGGGUGGGGGUGAGGGCGAGGAGGCUGAGAGACAGCAUCAUUUCAAUUUAAAGGAUAUCUUAUGCCAACAAGGAAAAUUAGGUGCUGAUUAUAUCAGUAUAGAUUUUGGGGAUGGGGUAACUGAUGAAACAACAGUGGUAACUAGUGAAGAAUACCCUUUAUAUUUAGUAGGUGAAGAAGAAGAAGAAGCCCAUCUUGAUCUUGAUCAUCUCACAAAGCCUAUUGGAAUAAUGAAAAACUUCAACUUACAUACACCUCACAUGGCAUGAUACUGGCAGCUCAGCUGGAAGGACACCAAAAUGAUGGGAUACUUGGAGAGGAGGAAACAUAAUGAAAAUCCAGAAAGCAGUUGAUUGUUUUGUGUUUUAGUUAUAUGUAGACUAGUAGUAGGGUCAUAGGAAAUAGAUGAUAGAUAUCAUGUUUUGUAGAUCAACUUGUUCAAUAGAAUUUGAAGCACCUUCUUAUAUAUAACAUUGUUUUUUGUUUCUCUUGUAUAAAUUGAUACUUUGUUUUUGUUUGGUUUCUAAAAGAAUCUUUAGUUUUGGGUCGUCCUUUAAUAGA